AUGCCGAGCCUGUCGCAGCACUGCUUCGAGAUCCAGGGCAAGGAUUCUGCUGCGGACAAAUCAGCAUCACUCUUACCGAAUAUCGGAGUUACGCACACAGUAUUCCCACCGUCGCGUCACCAGGCCCUCGGACAGGUCGAGUGCUCAGUGCUGAUGGGCGAGGUCGAGUCGUUUGCUGCAGCAUACCAGCAGCAGAGACAGGCCUUCUCCAAGAGAAACGCAGGCGGCAACGGACUGUACCAUUCAUUUGGGAUCUGGGUGACCCUGCGGCUCCUGAAGCCGCGCGUGAUUAUUGAGAGCGGUGUGCUCAAUGGGCAGACAUCGUGGCUUAUGCGCCAGGCCACCAAAGCGUGGCAGCCGUUGUUAUUGCGGUUCGACCCCGGCUCCAUCAAGAAGCCGCCGUGGCGCGACACAUUAUCUGGGCUGACGCUCGACUUUAUCGGGCCGGACUUUGUGGACUUCAACACCGUCCCAUGGAAUUGCAACCUCACCGAGGCCAACAUUGCCUGGCGGAAUGUGUCCCGCAAGCUGGCGCAGCGGGCGACCGGGCUGCUGGCAUCGGCGCCCCCGAUUUCGGAGUGGCUCGUGUUCUUUGACGACCACCACGACCACCUGCUCCGGGCAUCGCAGGCCCGAGCCUUUGGCUUUCGCCAUCUGCUUUACGAUGACAACUACCUGCCAGGCUUUGGCGACUCGUUCUCGCUCAAGGCGGCAUGCAAUGGUGGCAACCCGCGCCGUGCAUUUGCCAACCGAAACCGGCCCUUUCGCCGAUGCGUCUCCUUUCAUAAACAAUGCCACGUGAUGGAUGAAGACGAGGCUGCUCGAGCUCGAACUGAGUUUGCCGAGCUGAUCGAAGCCUACUGGGAGCCCCCACCGCUCGGCCCACUGCACGUGCCGGCGGCGGCGGCUGCCACCGCGGGCUGGACGGGACAGCAACGCGCCUUCGGACAACUAUUGCGGGUUGCAAAGUGGGCUGAGGGUCCAAGGGUCGACGCCUUUACUGAGGAACAGAAGGCCCUCAUGCUUGCCGCAAGCAGACCUCCCCUCUUCGAAAGCUACGUCGCAGCCGCCAACGCAUCAGGGACUUCGCUGGCGGAGGUGGUACACGAAGCAGGGAACUAUGUCAACCUUGCCUACGCCCGACUUCGUUUGGGCCCGCCGGCGCUCGAGCGAAAGCGCAUCAGGCACCGUGUCUAA